AUGAAGUACUGCCUGGUUUACUAUGUCUAUUGUUUCUCAUUCUUCACUGCCUGUCUGACACUGGAGGAUGCCUUCGGUUUCCGCUCAGACAACACUUUCAACUGGAUAGAGAGCCCAAAUCGAGCUCUGGGUCUUCACGAUGAUGAUCACGAAGACCUUCCUUGGAUGCCCAACAGACAAAUGAGACGCCUGAAUCACCUGGAUCCUGUGACACACCUCCCGUUACGCUCUCCCGAAGCCCACCUAGCAUCUCCAAUCAACCCUUUUAGCUUUUUUCAACCAGAAGAUUGGGCAAACAUAGCAUUUUCAGAUUUUCAGACGGACUUUCAACCCUCAUUCUAUGCCGCUGAUCAUGUGCCAGACCAGUUCACCGGAAUUCAUCAAUUUCCAACCGCGGCGAAUUCCAUAUCUAGUGACGGUACUCAUUCUCACGUCUUUCCAUCAUUACCAACCCUCUCUCCUUUGCCCAAUUUAGAAACUUAUGGGAGCCACAGGACCGAAAAAGCCAAUAAGCCCCUCGAGCCAUCCAAAUUCUGGGAGUUGUAUUCCGGGAACAAUCAUGUGACGGAAUCACAUCAACCAACUCAGCAUCAGUUGACAAACAGUUUUCCUGAAAGCUGGAACGCAAGAAACCAAGACGAAGCUACGACCCAAACUGAUACGGGCGCGACGAUUUCCAAAUCAAAAUAUGUUGAUCCACACUUGGUGGCUUUCGCCAAGAAUGUUCACCAAGAACCGGUCAAUUACGAUCACCAUGAGCUUCACAGUUCUGAAAGUCUUGAUCCGCUCAAGUUGAGGUUUACUAGAGAAAUUCUACAGGAUCGACGCCCCUCCGCAACAGAUGAUGCGCAAGCAGACCAAGUUCUAGAAGUCCUCAAGAAGGUCAAUGGGGUAGAGCUGAUCCUUUCGGAAGACAAACUCAAAUCUGUAAUGGGCCAAUUUCAUGGACCCAGAAUAUUCAAAGCUAAAAAUAGGAAGAAUGGUCUGGUCCCGAGAAGAAGGAUCAUUUCCAACGAUAUCGCGUCGAUUCUGGAAAACGGCCCGAAAAGCAUGACUAAUCGGGUGUCUCGAAACCACCGUUGUCCAGAUAGAGAGGAGAAAGUUAACAACAGAAGAUUGGAAUUUCUGGCAGAUGUGAAUACGUGGUAUGACUAUUGGCAAUCUCAAUACAACAUCAAUUUCAAGAACCAUCUCCGGGCAAUUGAACAUCAUGUUUUAAAAGAAAACUUUCCCUUAUUCAUAUUCUAUGUAGACAUGAUCCGAACGAUUGUGCCAAGACCGAAUGACCAGCCAAAACUAGGCGACAGGGAAGAGCUCGAAUUAGCAACAGUGUCAUACCUGAACUUGGCAAAUUUUGUGGUCAAAGAAAAACCGAUCGAAAAGGCUAUGAUGAUUGCCGACAGCUUGAACAGCUCAUUCCACAAAGCACAUUCAUAUCAUACUUUGCUGUGGAAUUUCUUGGAGUUUUGGAUGGAAGAAUACCGGCCGACUUUGUUGAAUAUAGAGCAGGGAAGACAUGACAGAAUUCAUUCCUUGGCCAAAACUUUCUUUAAUAACAUUUUCUGGAAAGGUCCCCUUCAUCAAUUGGCCAUCUGCACUGGAUCCCGUGGGGUACCCAGCACCUCUCAGGCUGCCCAGCGCCCCGACCCGCAGGUAUACCCUUCAGCCGGGAAGUCAAAACAUGGUGCCUGA